AUGUCCUUUGCCAUUGAAAAUAUAGCUACUAAACCAUACCAGGAUCAAAAACCUGGUACUUCCGGUCUUCGUAAGAAGACUGCAAUCUUCAUGAAUGAACCACACUACACUGAAAACUUCAUUCAAGCUAUGUUAGACGCCAUUCCAGAAGGUAGUAAAGACGCUACUUUAGUGGUUGGUGGUGACGGUCGUUUCUAUAAUGACGUUGUCUUAAAUAAGAUUGCUGCCAUUAGUGCCGCUAAUGGUUUGAAGAAAUUGAUCAUUGGUCAAAAUGGUUUACUGUCUACUCCAGCUGCUUCUCAUGUAAUCAGAUCCUAUAAGGAACCUGUCACCGGUGGUAUUAUCUUGACUGCUUCUCACAAUCCAGGUGGUCCAGGUAAUGAUUUGGGUAUUAAAUAUAACUUGGCCAAUGGUGGUCCAGCUCCUGAAUCUGUCACCAACGCCAUUUGGGAAGUUUCUAAGAAAUUGACUCAUUAUAAGACCAUUUCUAAUUUCCCAACUUUGGAUUUAGCUAAGAUUGGUGAAAAUCAACAAUAUGGUCCUUUAUUAGUCGAUAUUAUUGACACUACAGAUGCUUACGUGAAAUUUUUGAAAGAAAUCUUUGAUUUCCCAUUGAUUAAGAAAUUCAUCCAUGAACAACGUGCUCAAAAUAACUUCAAACUAUUGUUUGAUUCCUUAAAUGGUAUUACUGGUCCUUACGGACAUGCUAUCUUUGUUGAUGAAUUCGAAUUGCCAGCUGAUGAAGUCUUACAAAACUGGCAUCCACAACCCGAUUUUGGUGGGUUACAUCCAGAUCCAAACUUGACUUAUGCUAGAACUUUAGUCGAUAGAGUUGAUAGUGAAAAGAUUCAGUUCGGUGCUGCUUCAGAUGGUGAUGGUGACAGAAACAUGAUUUAUGGUGCUGGUCCAGCAUUUGUAUCACCAGGUGACUCCGUCGCUAUUAUUGCAGAAUACGCCGCUGAGAUUCCAUAUUUCGCCAAGCAAGGUAUUUAUGGUCUUGCUCGUUCUUUCCCAACUUCUGCCGCUAUUGAUAGAGUCGCUAAAGCUCACAACUUAGAAUGUUAUGAAGUUCCAACUGGUUGGAAAUUCUUCUGUGCUUUGUUUGACGCUAAAAAACUUUCCAUUUGUGGUGAAGAAUCAUUUGGUACUGGUUCAAACCAUAUUAGAGAAAAAGAUGGUCUUUGGGCUAUUGUCGCAUGGUUAAAUGUUUUAGCUCUUUAUAAUAAACGUCACCCAGAAAAGGUCGCCUCCAUUAAAACCAUUCAAAAUGAAUUCUGGGAGAAAUAUGGUAGAACUUUCUUCACUCGUUAUGAUUAUGAAGGUGUUACCUCCGAAGAUGCCGCUAAAGUGGUUAAUAUAUUGAACGAUUUUGUUCAAGAUAAAAAAUCAGUAGGCUCUGCAUUCCCAGGUUUGCCAGGUGUCACUGUAGCAGAAGCUGGUGAUUUCUCAUACACUGAUCUAGAUGGUUCAGUAUCAGAUCAUCAAGGUUUGUUUUUCAAGUUAUCUAAUGGUGUUAGGGUUGUAUUAAGACUCUCAGGGACAGGUUCUUCUGGUGCCACUAUCAGAUUAUACAUUGAACAAUACUCUGAUGACAAGAACACUUAUCAACAAGACGCUCAAGUCUUCUUACAAAGUGCUAUUAAGCCAGUUGUACAAUUCCUAAAAUUCAAAGAAUUCAUUGGAACUGAAGAACCAACUGUCCGUACAUAA